CCUUGAUAUAUAAUUUUGUUAAAAAUGGCUCUUCAACACAACUUUACUAGAAAUACAAUCUUUAACCAGAUUCUAUUUUGGUUUGUUAUUGGACUAAAUGUUGCUGAUCAGAGCUCGUUACCAUUGAAAUAUGAAGCUCCCGACGAUUGUCAGUGGUGGCUAAGAGGACCAAAUGAUGCCCACGAGGUUUCACUCACGUGUAAACUUCGCACCAUAAACAGUGAAUUUGAUACGACCAACUUUAGUGUUAUUCCAUCAGAACACACAACUUCACUGCGAAUAGAGUGCAAUGAAGAAAUGAUGUACAAAAGUUCAUUAGAUGACCGAAGUUUUGCACAUUUGGUUAAACUACGUGAACUUGUUUUAGAUAACUGUAAAAUUGGAAGAUGGCCGCCUGGAGUACUAUCCGGAUUGAGAGACCUCCGAAAUUUAACGAUCAGAACGAAAAACACCGAGUGGGCCGCUAUGAGCUUAGAGAUUGCAUCGGAAAGCUUUACGGCUGUUCGACAGUUAGAAAAGUUAGACUUGAGUUUUAACAACAUUUGGUCGUUUCCUGAAAACUUAUUUUGUCCACUAACUAAUUUAGUGUACUUAAAUGUGUCAUCAAACAGACUUCAAGAUGUAAGUGACCUUGGGUUCAGGGAGAGAGCCAUGCAUCAAGCUCUUAUUAGUGAGCAUGAGGGCCCAUCUCCAUCAGCAUCAUCUUUACCACACUCGUCGUGUUCCCUGGAUAUCGAAGUUUUGGAUGCCUCAAGUAAUCAUUUUGUGCUCAUGCCAGAAAAUGGGUUCAUGGCUCUUCGACGACUCAAGGAGCUUCAUAUCCAUGAUAAUGAAAUAUCUAUGGUUGCAGAUAAAGCGCUAUCCGGAUUGAAACAAUUACAAAUAAUCGAUCUCUCUAACAAUAAAAUCGUGGCACUUCCGCAAGAUUUAUUUAGAGAUAGCCGGCCAGUUAUAAAGGAAAUAUACUUACAAAAUAAUUCUAUAAGUGUACUUUCACCAAGUCUUUUUGCAAAUUUGGACCAACUUUUAGCUUUGGAUUUAUCAAAUAACCACCUAACUAGUACGUGGAUAAAUGAAAAUACUUUUACUGGUCUAAUAAGAAUGGUGCUUUUGAAUUUAUCCAACAAUCGAUUGACAAAACUUGACCCUAGAAUAUUUAAAGACCUCUAUACUCUACAAAUAUUAAAUGUGCAGCAUAAUCAGUUAGAAUCCAUUGCAGCUGAUACAUUUGCGCCAAUGAACAACUUGCAUACGCUAAUUUUAUCGUAUAACAAAAUAUCACACAUCGAUGCGUAUGCUUUAAAUGGUUUAUACGUAUUAUCUCUACUAUCUGUAGAUAACAACCAUCUCGAAGAACUUCAUCCCGAAGCUUUUCGGAAUACUUCCUCUUUGCAAGAUUUGAAUUUGAAUGGAAAUCGUUUAAAGAAAGUGCCCAUUGCGCUACGAAAUAUGCGCUUACUAAGAACACUUGAUCUCGGCGAAAACCAGAUUACUUCGUUGGAAGAACCAGGCUUUGUCGGCUUACACAAUGUAUACGGUUUGCGGCUUAUAGGCAACAAAAUUGAAAACAUAAGCAAAGAUGUAUUUAAUGACUUACCAUCGUUACAAAUAUUAAACUUAGCUCGAAAUAAAUUAAAACAUAUAGACAUGAAUGCUUUUGAAACCUUAUCAAAUUUACAAGCCGUAAGAUUAGAUGCUAAUCAACUAACUGAUAUUCAAGGUCUCUUUGUAAACAUACCAUCUUUGUUGUGGUUAAACGUGUCAGAUAACCAAAUAGCUUGGUUUGAUUACGCUGUAAUUCCCACUGGAGUUCAGUGGCUAGAUGUUCACGGCAACAACAUCAAAGAAUUGAGCAACAACUAUCGCCUGGAUAAAGAACUUCGUCUACAAACAUUAGACGCAAGUUUCAACAAAAUGACGAAAAUAACCACUUACUCGAUCCCCAGUAGUAUCGAGCUUCUGUUCCUGAAUGAUAAUCAAAUUACACAAGUUGAAGCACAAACUUUUGUUGGAAAAACCAAUUUAACGAGAGUCGAUUUAUAUGCAAACCAGAUAACUAGUAUGGAUCUCAAUGCGCUUCGGUUGACUCCCGUUGAUCCAGGCCGACCGUUACCCGAAUUUUAUAUUGGUGGAAAUCCUUUUCAGUGUGACUGUACAAUGGAGUGGUUACAACGCAUAAACAAACUUGAUCAUUUAAGACAACAUCCUAGAGUAAUGGACUUAGAAAGCAUAUAUUGCAAGUUACUCUACAAUCGCGAAAGGACUUAUAUUCCGCUUGUUGAAGCGGAAUCUUCGCAGUUUUUGUGUACUUAUAAAACACACUGUUUUACGUUAUGCCAUUGUUGUGAUUUUGACGCUUGUGAUUGUGAAAUGACGUGCCCAUCGAACUGUACGUGUUAUCACGACCAACCGUGGUCGGCGAAUAUUGUGGACUGUUCCGCUGCGGGUUAUGCCGAAAUACCCAAUACUAUCCCUAUGGACGCUACUGAACUAUAUUUAGACGGUAACAAUUUUGGUGGUUUAACGAGUCAUGCUUUUAUUGGACGUAAAAAUUUAAAAAUAUUGUACGCAAAUAACUCAAAUAUCGAUGCAUUGUAUAAUAAUACGUUUAGUGGACUAAAACGCUUAACUGUGUUGCACUUAGAAAAGAACAAUAUCAAAGAACUGUUAGGUUUCGAAUUAUCUCCUUUAGAAAAUUUGCGUGAAUUACAUCUGCAAGACAAUAAAAUACAUUAUAUCGACAAUCGAACGUUCAUGGAGUUGAGGCAUUUAGAAGUACUACGCUUGGAAGGCAAUAACGUUUACAGUUUUGCUGUGUGGCAAUUCACGAUGAAUCCAUAUUUGGUAGAGAUAAGCCUCUCUCGCAAUCCUUGGUCUUGCGACUGUCGAUACAUGCUUAAAUUCCGAAAUUGGUUUAGAAAUAAUCUCGGCAAGGUGGAAGACUCCGAUAAAAUCACUUGUAUAUUUGAUAAUGUAACAAAUGCAGUGGGACCCUUGAUGGCCGAUUUCAAUUCAACUAUAUGCACAAGUCAUGUUGGUGGAAGUUCUUCGAUCAUAGAAAACCAAGUUAUAAAUGAUUAUCUUCCAUUACUUCUAAUAUCCCUUUUUAUUUUUGUUGUGAGUUCAGUACUUAUUUGUGGUAUAUUUUACUGGAGACGAGAACUACGAGUUUGGGUUUACUAUCAUUGCGGAUUCAGAAUGUGCUAUAAAAGCACCGCGUUUGACGACGAAGCCGACAAAGAUAGGCUAUUUGACGCCUACAUCAGUUAUAGCGUAAAAGACGAGGCAUUCGUCGCUCAGAUGUUAGCGCCCGGCCUAGAAUCAGCGGACCCGAGUUUCCGGCUCUGCCUACAUUACCGAGAUUUUAACGCCUCGGCCUACGUUGCGGAUACGAUUAUAGAGGCUGUAGAAUCUUCUAAGAGGACCAUAAUAGUCCUAUCUAAAAACUUUAUCAACAACGAAUGGUGUCGAUUCGAGUUUAAGACGGCACUCCACGAAGUAUUAAAAGAGAGACGAAGAAGACUGAUAAUAAUAUUACUAGGCGACUUGCCGAAUAGGGACAUCGAUCCGGAGUUAAGGUUGUGUUUGAAAGCGAAUACGUGCGUCGAGUGGGGUGAUAGGCAGUUUUGGCAAAAACUGAGGUUCGCAAUGCCGGACUUGCGGAAGUGUCAAUAUCACCGUUCGACAGUGAAUAUUUACGCGUCAGUGUCGCCGGUGGGGGCAGGUCGGGCACCUGCACCGCCCCCUCCACCGCCACCCGGCAAAUUGCCGCCCUUGCUGGCUGAUGGGCUGGCCGACAGGCUGGCUGUACCGGCUGGCGUGCACGUCCGUGACCAGCACCCGCACCGAAUGCCGCCGCAUGCGCAGCUCUGGGCGUAGCGUAUGCUUCAACGCAGGUAAUUCCCAAUCUGCAACGCUUAAGCGUAUUAGUCCAAUACAGUGAUAAUUAUUUUUAGUUGUUCCA